GAUGAACGAGACUACAAUGGCUGCGCCCAUGAAAUAUAUAAGGACUGACUUUGUGAGGAAAUGUGGAUUAAAGUUUAUAGUAUAUACUUAUAAAGCUACAUACUUUUCACUCUUAUUAUGUUUAAAUUUACGAAAUGUAUGCAAUCAAAAUGCAAACCGCAAUUUAAUUUGGUACAGAAGCGAUUUAUCAGUAAAAGGUUUAGUAAAACAAUAAACCUUCCCAACACAUCUUUUGAAUUAUGGGGUGCUGGAAAACGAGAGACAGAAAUACAAAAGGCAUGUGGGUUUUCAGAUUUGUAUUCAUGGCAACGGAAUCAGCAUACACUGGAUAAAGAGUUCUGUCUCCAUGAUGGUCCACCUUAUGCAAAUGGAGAUCCCCAUGUCGGGCAUGCUUUAAACAAGGUUUUGAAAGAUAUAAUCAACAGGUACAAGUUGUUACAAGGCUACAAAAUCCAUUACAAGCCAGGAUGGGACUGCCAUGGUCUUCCAAUAGAACUGAAAGCUCUUGAAAAAGAUUCAGCAGAUUUCAAGAAACUUUCCCCUCAAAAUCUACGUAGAAAAGCUAGAAAAUAUGCUGAGAAUGCUAUAGAAAGGCAAAGGAAUGCUUUCAUUCGCUGGGGAGUAAUGGCAGACUGGGAAAAUGGCUGCUAUUUCACAUUCGAUAGAAACUAUGAAGCAAGCCAACUUCAAAUAUUCUAUGAAAUGUUUGAGAAGGGCCUUGUUUAUAGGGAUUUGAAACCAGUAAACUGGUCUCCAUCCUCCAGGACUGCUCUAGCAGAGGCAGAAUUAGAAUACAAUCCAAACCAUGUGUCCCCCUCUAUCUAUGUUAAAUUCCCCAUGACAGCCAUUCCAGCACCAUUGCAGGGUUUAACAGGUUCGUCAUCAGAGGUGAAUGCUCUGAUCUGGACCACUACUCCUUGGACUAUUCCGGUAAACGAGGCCAUUUGCUACAUGCCCACCAAAGACUAUGCUCUGGUGAGAUGCAAGCGUUCCAGGGAUGCUUAUAUCAUUGCAUCUGGCAGGCUGACGGAUAUAUCACAAAUACUCGGCAGAGAAUUUCAACUGUUACAUACAUUUAAUGGCUCAGCUCUAGAAGGCUGCCAAUACACUCAUCCAUUGAACCCUGGAAAAAGAUCACCCUUUCUUGCUGCGAGUCAUGUGAAGAUGAGUGUUGGUACAGGUCUUGUUCACACGGCACCGGCACAUGGCCCUGAGGAUUAUGGGAUUGGAAUACAAUAUGAUCUACCAGUGAAAUCACUCGUUGAUGAAGAUGGGAAAUUUUUGGAUGAAGCUGGGGAACAGUUUGCAGGGAAAAAUGUUUUAAAAGAUGCAAAUAAGACAGCAAUUGGCCUGCUAGAGGCUGUUGGAUCAUUGGCCCACCAAGAGAGUUAUGAACACAGCUACCCCUAUGACUGGAGGACCAAGAAACCUAUCAUUAUCAGAGCCAGUAAUCAGUGGUUCAUUGACACAGCAUCCAUAAGGGACAGAUCUAUGCAAUGUGUUGAUGAAGUGAAUAUUUUACCAAAUCACGGCAACAACAGCAUGAAAGCACAGCUUGCUGGUCGCACGUUCUGGUGCAUAUCGCGGCAGAGGGUAUGGGGUGUACCGAUCCCGGUGUUUUACGAUGAAGUUGAUGAUCAACCACUUCUUACACGAGAUUCCGUGAAUCAUGUUGUCGGUUUGAUAAAAGAACAUGGAUCAGAUUGUUGGUGGGACAAGCCGAUGAAUGAUCUACUUCCAAAAUCAGUCAUUGAAAAGAGUGGACUUGAUCCCAGCAGACAGUUCAUCAAAGGUGAAGAUAUUCUGGACAUAUGGUUUGAUAGUGGUACUUCAUGGAAACAUGUACUACAAGGACAUCAAGCUGAUCUUUAUAUGGAAGGGGAGGACCAAUACGGGGCGUGGUUUCAAACAUCCCUCCUCACCAGCGUAGCUGUCAAUAACAGAGCUCCUUAUAAGAAUAUACUAGUUCAUGGUUUUACGCUAGAUGGAGAAGGACGGAAGAUGUCUAAAUCCUUAGGGAAUGUGAUUGAUCCCAAUGUUAUAAUACAUGGUGGAAAGAACAAGAAAAAAGAGCCAGCGUAUGGUGCGGAUGUUCUACGAUGGCGUAUAGCCGAGUGCAGUUGGAUGACCAGGGUUCAUGUCAGUCCAGACCUGUUUGCGAUGGCCAAUCAAAACUUGCUAAAAGUACGUAAUACUAUGAGAUAUUUCCUAGGUAACCUGUACGACUUUGAUCCGUCCCAUGAUGCAUUGCCAUAUGAGGCACUUUAUCCAAUUGAAAAGUAUAUGUUGCACCUAAUAUUUGAGUAUGGAAAGAAGGUUGUUGAGGCUUAUGAGAAAUAUGACUUCAGUGAAGUGACUUCACUCACUGCAGCACUCAUCCAUAAUAAUAUAUCAGCAUUCUAUCUAGAGACGAUGAAAGACAGAUUGUACUGUGAAGCAGCAAAUAGUCAUGCUAGGCGGUCAUGUCAGACAUGUUUACAUCACAUGAUGGAGGUCAUCACCAAGGCGAUUGCUCCUAUAACCCCGCAUCUGGCAGAAGAAGUGUUCCUUCACAGGGCUCAUAGUUCUGAUGAGAAGCAUGGAGUAUUUAAAUCAGGAUGGUUUGUGCUGGAUUCUGAUUGGUUCAGAGCUUCAAUAAAUCAAGAUUGGGAGGUGCUAUGCAAAUUAAGGGAGAUGUUCCACUCUGCUAUCUUUGCCCCUAAAAGCAGGGAGUACGAUGUCACAAUACAUACAAAUAAUCAGGAACUUUGGAAAUUAUUAGAGAAUUUACAAGAUGUUGAUACAUCAAUGACAUCACAUAUAUGUGAGCUGCUUAUGUCUUCCACUGUCAAUCUAUGUAAAGAUGCUCCAUCAACUAAUAUACAAGACUUAUCUACCAAACUAGUCCAGGAAAAGAUUCAUAUUUCAAAUAAUGAAGAUGCCACGGUUACUCUCCUCAUCCAAUCAGCUGAGCAUAAUAAAUGUGCAAGGUGUCGGAAAUACACUUCAGAUGAACCCAACCAACCCUGUGGGAGAUGCAUCGAUGCAAUGUCUGAUGGAUGGGAAUGAGACUGCUGUAUCCAAUCUAUUGUAUAUAAUGGGAAUAAGUCUGAUGCAUCCAAGCUAAUAAGCUGUAGAAAAUGAAUGGGGAUGAGUCUGAUGCAUCCAAGCUAUGGAAAAUGAAUGGGAAUAAGUCUGAUGCAUCCCAGCUAAUAAGCUAUGGAAAAUGAAUAGGAAUAAGUCUGAUGCAUCCAAGCUAAUAAGCUAUGGAAAAUGAAUGGGGAUAAGAUUGAUGCAUCCAAGCAAUGGAAAAUGAAUGGGAAUAUGUCUCAUGUAUCCAAGUAUUGGUGCAUGGAUGGGAUUAAGACUGAUGUAUCAAGCCAUCAUAGAUAGAUGGGUGCAAGACUGAUGAAUCUAACAAUAAGAUUAUGACCUACCAGUAUAUAUCCAAACUGUGGUAGAUCAGUGUGAACGAUGGAUUACCAAAGUCAUUUUAGAUGAUGUUAACUAUAAAGCACUGAGGCAUUUAGCAUAUGUACUUUAUCAAGUUGAAAUUACCCUUUUAUUAUUGCAAAGUCAUGGUUAGAAAUGGGAAGUAGUCUUAUGCUCUGGUAUAUGUAUGGGAAUGUAAAAAAAAAUAAUAGAAGUGAUGAUACUAAGAUGGUAGAUUAAAUCAGAAAGUACACAAGAUUUUAUGAUUAAAAUGUGGCAAAAACAAGCCAAACCAGUCACUCGUUAUUAAUACAGGGUUAAACAAUAAAAUGAGAGCUAUAAAAUGGUAAAAGAAUCAUUUAAAUCCGAAAUUUUGUUAUGAAA